AAGCGAAUGUCAUUUGAUGGCAGUUUUAGUUGUGAAGAAAAAUCAAACGGCGGCAGUUUAAACAAAAAUGUCUUCUCUGAAGAAAUUGCCAUGUCGCUGUGAAGAAAUUGCCACCCCCUCAGAACUAAAAUUGUCACCUAAAACGUUCGCGUGUGCCACCCUGCCUGACGAUCGUUCGCCAGUUACGAGCGUCCUUUAAAAAUCGGCCAGCUCACACGCGUACAUAGCCUCUUACCACACGUUGUACUAUCCUUCCAUGGCUGAGUACCACCCUGCACGUAUCCGCCGUAGCCUCUUGCCACAAGUUGUAUUCUUCCACGACUGAGUACCACCCUGCACGUAUCCGCCGUAGCCUCUUGCCACACGUUGUAUUCUUCUACGACGAAGUACCACCCUGCAUGUGUCCGCUUCGGAUAAGUGGCCCGAGUUCAAUGCAAGCCCGUUCAACAGACCGGCUGUCUGGUAUAACGAUGAAAACGUGGAAGGGAUACAGCUCGGUCCCUCUCCCUCGCACUACCUGGAUUGGAAGUUCGAAACUCGCUCGGCAACAUCUGCGCCAUGGCGACCGAACAAUCCCGAUACGGCCACAGGAAGUUGAUGGUAAGCUACGGCGGGAAGCUCCAGCGCUUCUCCGAAGGCGGCGGACCGCAGUACAUCGGCGGCGAGCACCAGGUCGUGAGUGUCAGCCAGUCCAUCUCGCUGCAGGAGCUCCGCGACCGGCUAGCCACGGCCGUGGGCUGCUUCAACAUCGCUAUCCAGUACGUCCGCCCCGGCAAGCCCCUGGACGCGCUCCACGAUGUGGUGACCGCUGGCGACGUCCGGGACCUGCUAGACUGGGUGCUAUACCGGGACAUGCAUAUCAAACUGCUCCGCGCAAACCCAGCGGACGUCCCCCAAGUCCGGGUCUUCGUGGUCCGCGUGGAUGGGCGGCCGCCGCUCCCCGAGGCGCUCUUCACUCCCGCUCCAAGCACGCUGGUCGCGGCGCCCACCGAGGCGCCGGUGUCUCUGUCCUCGCUCAAACGGCGAAGUGCGUCGGCGCCUUCGCUGUCCGCAAAGUUGCCGGACGGCACGUCGGAGCUCCUCUCUCCGGCCCUCAUCCAUCGGAGCGUAUCAGCGCCUUCCCUGUCGCCGCCGUCGACGGGGCACGACACAACGUCUUCGACUACGACGACAACUGCCAGAGCACCCUGUCGCCGCCGUCGACGGGGGACGACACAACGUCUUCGUCGAAGACUGCCGGAAGCACCUGUGCGACCCAAGAUGUCGCCCCCAACGCGGCAAUGCAGAGGAGUCUGGCGCGCCCUGCUCCGGUGUUCCUGGUGCCAGUAGCACCGGUCAUAGUGUACCAGCCGGUGAUCCCAGUGUACCAGGUGUUCGUCGUGCGUGAUUGUGCUGUUCACCGCCUCAAUCAGAUCAGGUGUCUACCAAUUAGCUAUGAUAUGGACAGUAUUACUAAAGCCGCAGUACAAGGAGCCAACCAAGCUUUGGCGUGAAGAACUCAAUCUCAAGUUUAUUAUUAUUAGUGUUUUGGAUUUGGAUGCCGCAAGUGAUA